CAGAAUGCCAAAGUUACCAGACCACACAGAAGAAAAGACAUGAUUUUAGAAGCGUGGAACAGUAUGCAGUCUAACAUCACGGAAGCUAUACCAAGUUUGACUCCUACCACUGCUGCCUCUUUUCUCAUCUUUAUUUUUCUGCUUGUUGUGCUAUGGAGUCAAGAAGAAACCUCAACAAUACCAGGUCCGUCCUACUGCAUGGGGCUUGGUCCAGUUAUUUCCUACUGUCGGUUUCUCUGGACAGGAAUAGGCAAAGCAGCAAAUUACUAUAAUAGCAUGUAUGGCGAGUUUGUAAGAGUCUGGAUUAACGGGGAAGAAACACUGAUCAUCAGCAAGUCCUCUGCAAUGUGUCACGUGAUGAAACACAGUCACUAUGUGUCAAGGUUUGGCAGUAAACUGGGAUUACAGUGCAUUGGCAUGGAUGAAAAUGGGAUAAUAUUUAAUAGCAACCUAUCUCUAUGGAAAAUUAUCCGUCCAUAUUUUACAAAAGCAUUAUCUGGACCUGGGCUUAUACAAACCACAGAGCACUGCAUCAGUUCAACCAAUCGUUACCUUGAGAAACUGGGAGAUGUAACAAAUGAAUUGGGAAAUAUAAAUGUACUGAAGCUUAUGAGGCUAAUUAUGUUAGAUACUUCCAAUAAGCUGUUCCUAAGAGUUCCUUUAGAUGAAAAUGAAAUUGUUCUAAAAAUCCAGAAAUACUUUGAUGCUUGGCAGGCGCUGCUACUGAAACCAGAUAUAUUCUUUAAAAUGUCCUGGCUAUACAGGAAGUACGAAAAGUCUGCGAAUGAUUUAAAAGAUGCUUUAGAAAUUUUAAUUGCCCGGAAACGCCAAGAGCUGUCAACAUUAGAGAAGCUGGAAAAGGAUAUGGAUUUUGCAUCAGAACUGAUUUUUGCCCAGAGCCAUGGGGAGCUUACAGCCGAAAAUGUCAACCAGUGCAUCUUGGAAAUGCUGAUUGCAGCCCCUGACACCAUGUCUGUUUCACUCUACUUCAUGUUAGUUCUCAUUGCACAGCAUCCAAAAAUUGAAGAGGUGAUAAUGAAAGAAAUCCACAGUGUUACAGGUGACAGAGAGGUACAAAGUAGUGAUAUGCAAAACCUGAAGGUUCUCGAAAACUUCAUCUAUGAAAGCAUGAGGUACCAGCCUGUGGUUGACCUGGUUAUGCGCAAAGCCUUGGAAGAUGAUGUCAUUGAUGGUUAUUACGUAAAGAAAGGCACUAACAUCAUUUUAAACCUGGGGCGCAUGCACAGAGUUGAAUAUUUUCCGAAACCAAAUGAAUUCUCCUUGGAAAAUUUUCAGAAGACGGUUCCUUAUCGUUACUUCCAGCCAUUUGGAUUUGGUCCGCGAGCAUGCGCAGGGAAAUACAUAGCAAUGGUGAUGAUGAAAGCAAUUCUUGUGACUCUCCUGAAGAGAUACAGGGUACAGACAUUAAGCGGAAGAUGUCUGGAGAACAUUCAGAACACCAAUGAUCUCUCCAUGCAUCCUGAUGAAAAACAGGACUUGUUAGAGAUGAUUUUCAUUCCUCAGAAUACCACUAAUUUCAAGCACUAGCAGGCAACAUCA